AUGGACGCGGAUACUUCAGACGAUGAGGUCCCAAGCCUUGUACAGCCUGAAGUGAAUGCCAAGGACAGAGACAGUCAGGACGAGGAAGUGCCGAAUUUGGUGGCCAGCUUAGACGAUACUGCGCUCAGCAAAGUUCCCAUCACCAUCGUCACCGGUUACCUUGGCGCAGGCAAGACCACUUUACUCAACUACAUUCUCACAGAGCAGCACGGCAAAAAGAUCGCAGUCAUCUUGAACGAGUUCGGCGAUUCCAUCGACAUUGAAAAGCAACUCACUGUUUCCGACACCAACAGCACGGAAGCUAGCCCAGUUCCAUUCGUCCCUCUAGCAAAUGGGUGUAUAUGCUGUUCUGUCAAAGACGUGGGCGUUGCCGCUAUCGAAAAUCUGAUGGAGCAAAGAGGCGAGCUAUUUGACUACAUCCUGCUCGAAACCACCGGCCUAGCAGAUCCUGGCAAUAUCGCACCCAUGUUCUGGCUCGACGACGGACUUGGCAGUUCCAUCUUCCUCGACGGCAUCGUAACGCUCGUCGACGCCAAAAAUGUGUUGAAGAGUUUAGACGAAGGCUAUGGUGACGAGAACAAACAGGAACAUGAGCAUGAUGAACAUGGUCCGCUUCUCACAACCGCACAUCUUCAAAUCAGCCAUGCAGACGUCAUCAUCAUCAACAAAACCGAUCUCGUGUCUGAACCAGAACUACGAAAUGUGGUCGAUCGCAUACGCUCCAUCAAUGGUCUAGCACGGAUUGAGACAACUACCAAGAGUCAAGUCCCUCAGCUAGAAGGUAUGAUCUUAGAUCUUCACGCGUAUGAUGAAGUCUCCGACGCCGACCUCAAGUUUGCAAGCAAAGGACAUAGCCAUCUUGAUCCGACCAUCACGACUACCACCAUAUCAUUCCCCGCACUAGAGCCGUAUCAGAUCGACAGGUUCGACCUGUUUCUGCGCACAAUGUUGUGGGAAGAAACACUCCUCCACAUCAUCCCAGAACGACCAUUCGAAAUACAUCGUCUCAAAGCUCGCAUCCCCGUCAAAGACGAUCGAAUGCUCCUUAUCCAGGGCGUGCGAAACAUCUACGACACCAACGAAGUCAAAGCACCGCAGGGACCACGCGAUGAGCAAGCAAAGCUCGUGCUGAUAGGAAAGGCAGUGGAUCAGGAAGCGAUACGGGACAGUCUACUUAAGACGCUGGCAUCUUAGUGAGAUUUAGUUGGUGUAUCUCAACGGCCUUGUCAAUGCAAGUUGACAUGCAGGAUACAUUCACACCCCUACCUCGGUUUCCGCGUGAACCCAAUGAUAUUUAGCUUCACAUACUACCAUGGAAAUGUAUCUCACUGAGUUGCACACUACACUUGUGCAAUGUGUAAUC